AUGCGUUUUGAUAAAGCUAUAGAACACAAGACAGAUCGGAAGGGUGGUCUCAUUUUAGUAUACAUUUAUGAGCUAGCCACCUGCAAGAUUCAACACGGUGCCUGCUACAUGACCGACGUCUUCAGGAAAAAUCAACGAAUGGGGGGAUUUCACGAAAACAGACUCAUCCGCUGUGUUCGAGAACGUGAAAAGGAGAUUCGAGCCAAGCAUAUUGUCACUGAUGUUGGCGGAAAAACGCCAUCACAAGACAUGAAGGUGGACAGAUGGUUUCUAACGCGAUUCUCAAUUGAAAACGCUUACGGUGGACUUUGCGAAGAGUUCUUUUCGUUGGACGGUGGUCCUAAUGCAUGGGAGACGCAUACAGGGAAAGGAAAUCCUUUUAUUGCCACUCCGCUUGGAGGAAACACAAACAGACAAUUAAAGAUUAACGCUCAACGUAUUGGACCGUUAUUUCAAGGCGAGUACCUUGCCAGUGAAGGACCAACGAUGAGCAGUGUAUUCGACUUUUGGUGUAUGGUCUGGCAGGAAAAUGUGGAAAGAAUUUUGUCUGUGAAUUUUCCUCACGAGGAACGCCUUUAUCCAGCUAUAUAUGAUCCUACAAAAGAAACUAUACAAUAUUGGCCUAUAGAAAUUGGGAAAACAGUUGCGUAUAUGCCAUUUAAAAUAACAUGUCUGGAUACCAAAAUGAUGGUAGCUCCCGGCAUUCGGGCCGCUGCUCCGAACGACAUGGUCUACCGGGUGACCCAACUACGGAUUUCAUACUCGAAUCCUAUUGGUGAUCCUGAACCGGAUAGGGAAAUUGUGCAUAUGUGUUACUAUCGAUGGCCUGAUGGAUGCUUACCUAUACCGUGGCCACUUACAACCGCUUCCUACGCGGCAACGGCUAUGAGGAUCAUUGAUAUAGUCGAGAGGGAGCUACCUUCGUCAUCAUCUCCUUUGUUGGUCCACUGUCAUGCAGGAUUAGGUCGCACUGGAGUGUUUAUUGCACUUGACGUUGCAUUAAGGCAAUUGUACCAGAACAACACUGUUAACAUAAAGGGUGUGGUUGAAAGACUUCGGGAGAAGCGAGCACGAGCAGUUAUGAACCCUUGGCAAUAUGCCUAUAUCAACGUUGUCGUAGCAGAGAAAGCCCUUCAGUGCGGAGCUUUGUCGUCAUGCGUUGGUGGACAUAAUGUUCGACAUUUGAUCGAUAGAAUGUGGACGGAUCUAUUUGACGAAGUCCACCGCCAAUUCCAAGGAAACAUAUUGACGUAUACGCCUGAAUUGAUGUACACGAGCUAA